CAGGUCAACUGACAAAUAUAUUUCUAGUUUCUGAAAAACAAAAUGAUCUUUAUCGCUUCGUAAUGGGUAUAUAUAGGGACCUCCGUUAAUGUUCAGACAUAAUUCGACAAACUGUGAAUUCUCAUCAGUAAUUAGAUCACAGCUCUAUUACCUUCGGGAAACAUGAAGUACUCCGCAGUCCUGCUUUUUGCUCUUGUCGCUGUCGCCUCCGCUCAGUAUCAUGGCAUGGCGCAAUCUGGUGCCAUGGGCAUGGGAGGUAUGGGACGCAUGGGAGGUAUGAGUCAAAUGAGAGGCAUGAGCCAAAUGGGUGGCAUGAAUCAAAUGAGAGGCAUGAGCCAAAUGGGAGGCAUGGGUCAAAUGGGAGGACAUCACCGCAUGGGACGUAGCCUCGUAAUGACAUCUGGACGUAUGGGAGCCGGAUAUAUGGGAGCUGGACAAAUGGGAGCUGGACAUAUGGGAGCUGGACAAAUGGGAGCUGGAUAUAUGGGAGCUGGACAAAUGGGAGCUGGAUAUAUGGGAGCUGGACAAAUGGGAGCUGGAUAUAUCGGAGCUGGACAAAUCGGAGGACAUCAUCGUAUGGGACGUAGUCUAGCAAUCCCUUCUGGACAUAUGACUGCCGGAUAUAUGGGAGCUGGACGUAUGGUAGCUGGACAAAUGGGCGGAAUGGGCAUGGGAGGUGCUGGAGCUAUGGGCUAUGCUGGACAUAUGGGACAUCGUAUUGCCCGAAGUGCUGUUAUGACAACUAUGGCUGGUCAUGGUAUGGCUAUGGGCGGCAGUGGUAUGGCUAUGGGAAGCAUGGCAAUGGCACCCAACAUGAUGAACACUCGAGGACUUAUGUCACAUGGAGGCAUGGCUGGAAUGAUGCAUGGUUAAAUGUUUCAAGGCUCCAAAUUCUUGAAUCUUAGUGCAAAAUCGAAAGUUUCAGAAUAUUAUUAUUAUUAUUAUUAUUAUUUAUGUAUAAUUGUGUUAUAUAUUUAAAUAAAAAAUAUCAAGUAUAUUAAUGUUUUAAAUAAAAUUUUAUUUAUUUCCCA